AAAAGAAUAAGCACCAGCUCUUCAUCAUCACGCAGCUGUUUUUGUGGAAUGCUCACAUAAUCACAAGGCUUUUUGUGAAAAAAAUGACAUGUGCAUUGUACUGAACGUGUAAAGACCUUUAUCCUGGAACAUGUGACUUUCACAUCAUUCAGCAGAAGAGAUGAAGAAGCUGACACAAGUCCAGUCAUCUCGCUUCAUCCUGAACAUGACGGUUUUUAACAUUUCUACCUCCAUGUUUGUCUCUGUAGCUGAGUUUGAGAUCUCGGUACCCACUCGUGUGCAGACGGCUGUGUACACCGAGUCGGUGGUUCUGUCCUGCACGUUCCCAGUGAGCGGCUCGUGGGACGCAGGCAGCAGCGUGAUCACGUGGCAGCGAAAACUGGAGGUGGUCCAUAGUUUCUUCAAUGGCCAAGAUCAGCCUCAGUUCCAGAGCCAGAGAUACGCCAACCGCACCAGCCUGUUCCACCAGGAGCUGAAGAAGGGGAACGCAUCACUCAGGCUGGACCGUACCAUUGUGGAGGAUGCGGGGGAGUACACCUGCUCCAGCGGCACCAUCAACUCCUCCAUCACCUUCAUCAUGAAGAACCCAGAUCUGGGCCAGGAGAUCAGGAGGAACAUCGACCUCUUCUCAGAAACAGGAGGAGAUGAUGAAGACAAACAGAAAAUCACUGCAUACUUCCUGCUUGGACUGGCCACUGGAAUGAUUGUUAUACUUUGUCAUUUUUUUGGGGUGGAAAACGUGUGGUAGAAAAGAACUGUGAAAGAACCGUGGACUUCUGGGUGAUUUCUCAUAUACGAAUGAUUUUAUAGAAGAAAUAUCAGGGGAUUCAAAGCGCUGUGUGGAGACCUGAGGAAAGGGGGAGUGGGGGGGGGCUGUUUCACAAUCAGUCAUCUUUCUGAACAACACCAACUAACUCCUGCAGCUCGGUCCAGUAACGAGGUCCAGUAUACACACUGGAGUUUCUUCUACCUUACUGUGCAGGGACACGCCCACAGCCCCGCCCACAGCCCUAAUGCCUCUUCUAAUUUCUUAUAAAUAUGUUUAAGAGUCAAAUGCGGCUCUGUUUUGACCCUGUGCUCAUUUCAUUUAA